AUGUCGACGGCGCCGCCACUGGGUUCAAAGCCAAAGCGCCCGCCUAAGCGGUUCGCGCCACUUGAUCCGACAGCACAGCAUGACGAGACUCUCCCGAAGCUCAAGGGUAUCGUAUUCGAUGUGGAUGGGACGUUAUGUCUCCCUCAGAACUACAUGUUUCGCGAGAUGCGGUCUGCCUUGGGCAUCCCGAAAUCCGUCGACAUAAUUGACCAUCUACGCUCUUUGUCCAACGAGCCCGACGGGGAGCAUCCCGCAGCCGAACCGCCGCAUGCACCCCUUGACCCGACGCAACCGCCUUCUGAGGAAAUGCUCUCCCCGACCAGCGACACCGACCCGGACCCGGCGCCGUCAUCGCCCCAGUCACGCGCGGUAGGUAUGAUCAAGGCCAUCGAGCGUCGGGCCAUGACCUCCCAGCGCCCUCAGCCUGGGUUGCAGGAGUUGAUGGCUUACCUUACGAGCCGCCGUGUGCCCAAGGCGUUGUGUACGAGAAACUUCCCGGCCCCGGUGCACCAUCUUCUCAGCAAUUUUCUGCCGGACGAGAAGUUCCAUCCCAUCAUAACGCGGGAGACGAAGGGAGUCCAGCCGAAACCUAGUCCAGAGGGACUGUGGACGAUCGCGACGCAGUGGGGACUUGAUAAGGAUGUUGAUGACCGCGUGUUGGACAGUAUCACGGUUCGGAGUGGUCCGGAGGGCGAGAUUGAGGUUGAUCCGUUGGAGGUCACGAAGAGGGUGCUCGGGUCGGGCUUGAUCAUGGUGGGAGACAGCAUGGACGACAUGGCCAGUGGGUAUAGAGCUGGUGCGGCGACUGUGUUGUUGCUCAACGAUGAGAAUCAGGAGUUGGGAAAUCAUGAAUAUACUGGGCUGUGUGUGAGGAGGCUGGAUGAAUUGAUUGGUAUUCUAGAAAGGGGUUUUGAGGAGAAGAGUUCGUCGUAA